AUGAAGUUAUCUAACACUUUAUUACUCGCGGCGGCUUCCCACGCGCUUGUUCUCCCAUUCCUCGAUCAGUUCGACUUUGAAUUGCCCUCCUUGUUUCAUGAUGACACUAAUGAGCGGUCUUUCUUAAGAGUUGAUGGGACUAUGGCACCUUUGAACAGAGUUGAUGUCAACAAAAUUGUACCCCACCGUUAUAUUGUUGUCCUCAAUGAGGAAGAAAUCUUUCCAGUGCAAGCCAUGGCUGAGAGUAUCAUGAGCUCUCUUGAUCAUAUGGAUAUGUCAGUGUUCAAUGUCGGUCAGUUACUUCGUGGUUUUACAGUGCUGAUGAGUCCUGAACUGCUUGAAAGAUUACGUCAGGACUCGCGUGUCAAAUACGUAGAACCUGAUACUAUUGUCAGCAUUGACUCUUCUGAUAUCCAGCCGGAAGCACCCUGGGGUUUGUCGAGAAUUUCGCACAGAAAGGUGCAAACCGAUGCUCUGUAUCUUUAUGAUGACCAGGGAGGUCUUGGUGUUGAUGCCUACGUUGUGGAUACUGGUAUCAAAGUUGAUCAUGAAGAAUUCGAAGGCCGCGCUGAGUGGGUGAAGGCUGUUGCAUUCCCUAAUAUCAAAAUGGACACCAACGGUCACGGUACGCAUUGUGCAGGUAUUAUUGGGUCGAAGAACUAUGGUGUGGCCAAAAAGGCCAACUUGUUCGCUGUCGGCGUCAUGACCCCUCUUGGAACUGGUACUACCUCGGACAUCAUCAAGGGGAUGGAAGAAGUUGCGAAGCGUCACGCUGAACGUAAGCUGGCUCGUGGAUUUAAGGGGUCGACCGUUAAUAUGUCGCUUGGUGGUGGUGUUUCCGAAGCAUUCGAUCAAGCUGCAGACGCCCUUGUGAGUCUCGGUAUCCACGUUGCAGUUGCUGCGGGUAACGAUAACGCUGAUGCUUGUCAGUACUCGCCUGCGCGGGCUGGCAAGGUCAUCACUGUCGGUGCCACUAACUCGCAAGAUGAGCGUGCCUCGUUUUCCAACUGGGGCUCAUGCGUUGACGUUUUCGCCCCAGGCCAAGAUAUCGAACUGACCUAUAUUUGGAAUCCCACUACCGUUAUGAGUGGCACUCUGAUGGCUUCACCCCAUGUUGCGGGAUUACUUUCCUAUUAUCUUUCAUUGGCACCCGAACAAAGUCUGGAAUACAAGGUAGACUUAGAUCCUGCUACUAUGAAGGCUAGAGUUCUCAAGUAUGCUACAAAGGGUGCUUUGACUCAGUUGGACUCUGCUUCCCCCAACUUGUUGAUCUACAAUGGUGGUGGCAAGAACUUGACUGAUUUUUAUCUGUUACUUUAA